AUGGGUCAACGUUUAUCCCUCAAUGUGGCAACCAUUUCUAGGCUUGAAGAUUUAAUUCCCAUCUCUGCAUCGGCUUCUGGUCGUGAUGAUGAUGAAGGACAGGGUCCUCCUGAUCGAUCAGAAGCUCUUCGGGAAGAACAACAAAAUACGAUUCGUUUGAAAUUAUUGAAAGCCAAUGUCGUGUCAGCUGCCACCUCACAUCAUGGAAAUAACGUAGCAUCAAGCGCCUCCCCAAAAAGCUUUGUUGAUAGGAGAAGACGUGGGACUGAUGCCGCCUUCAAACACGAAUUGGGAAGAAGGCCGUCCUAUAGCUCGGACAACAUCUCACAACCAUCCUUUGGAGAAGAGCAAACAGCACUCAUUCUUGAAAAGAUGAAAAACAUUGGACCUCUUCAACAAUUUGUCGAACAAUUGAGUAAUGAGGAGAAACUCUUAAAAUCGUAUUUGGAUUUCAAUUGGAUGACAACAGUGGCACUCAUUGAGAGAUCUGCAUCAGAAAGUAUGAGAUUUCUUUCAAAAGGCAUUGGUGACUUUUUCAAUGUUGCAAUUACAGAAAUGCAACUUAAAAUCUCAGAUUCACAAGCAGACUUGACCUCACUGGAAUCCAUUCAUGGUCAACACUAUGUUGAGGUCAAGCUUGUCAUUGUGCCGUACAUUCAUUUCAAUGAAGGAAGUAGCUUUAGCACGAUCAGCUUUCCAGUUUUGGAUCACUUUCCAGUGGAUUCUGAGGAUGAACCUUUUGUUGUGACCAAUGUGUCACCGCGAAGCAAUAAUACCAGCAAUCAUAACACGAAUACAUCAUCAUCAUCGAGUCCUCUCCGUAUCAAUGUCACCAAAAAGCCAUCCAAAUUUACGCUGGCGCUCGUGGUGGGUCCUUGGCUGGUGUUUUUUGAUCCUCUCACUAGCUUGGUCAUUCCCAAAAAGUUGUAUGGAAUGGCGAAAAUCAUUGCCUCGAAUCUUCCUGAAUUGUUCAUCACCAAACAAAAAGAAAAACUCACUGAAAAGCUCGCCAAGUGCAUUGUGUCGUGGAAUACUUCGAAAUUAUUCAAGAAUGAAAAAGAUAUAUUUUCCUCUCCUCGUCAUAAUUCCACAACCAUGCAACAACAGAGCAUGUAUGGCAAUGGAAUUGAUUUCAUAGAUGACUAUCUUUUGAAUUAUUUGAAUAUUGACUACACAACUUUUCCUCUCGUGCGAUAUUUUAAAACCUUUUUAGGGAAUGCUCGACAACAAGGAUGGUCUCAAAUGGUGAUUGAUUUGGAUGAGAACUUAAUUGGAAAAUAUGGACCUGUCUUGACACCCACAACUCCAUUACACCCAUGCUUUGAUUUUUCUCAAUCCAAUAACAAGAGAAUUUCCACCAACAACAACAACGAAAAUAGUACAACAACUAACAAAUCAGGGAAUGUGUGUACCUUGAUCAUUGAAAGUCACGAAGAAUUGGACAACAUGAUUAAGGACAUGAUGAUCCAUGAUCUCAUGGAACAUGCUGCGUCAUUUAAAGUUGAAAGAACAUCAACUCCAGAAACACCACUUGGAAGUGAGCCUCCAGCAUCGCACAUCAUUCCAAAGAAAGAAAGCCAUAAGACUGUCACACAACUUCAGCAACCAUCAUCAUCCUCUUCCGCUGCGACUACUGCUGAAUCUGAGAGUACUAACACCAAGAAGAAAACAACGCCAGUCUCUCACUUUUUCAUUGAUGUUCUGAGAAUGUUUGAUCGAGCUUGGUGGAUGAGACACUUGUUUGAUGUGAAUGAAGAACAUGUUGAGAUUUCAACACCAAGCAAUAAGAAGCAUGUGUCGACCACUGUACAAAGUUCUGGCGACUCCCCAACUCAAAUUCGUCAUACGCGUGAUUACAUUAGUGAAAUUGGAUGUCCCUUUGGUCAUGCAAUUCCGGAUUACGAAAAGAAUUUGGAAUGUUAUCCAAGAAGGCGCAAAAAGAAGCUCAAACAACAAGGGGUGAGUAGGCCAAACUCACCUUCUUCACCCAAUACAAGCAGAAGAUCCAUCACUUCUCUCAGUCCUCGAAAGUCACCAUCAAUUCGAUCGAAUGCCUCUCCCAAAACUCCAGUCCAACCAUAUCCACAAUCAACUAGUAGUGACAGUAUACCCAUUGAUGGCUUGAACGAAAUAAAGCGGUAG